AUGGUUCAUGGUUGUGGCAAUCGAAUGUUAAAAUUUUUAUUCUUCACAGCGAAUUUAUUACUUUGUGCAUUUGGUGCACUUAUCUUUGGUUUCUCGUUAUGGGCUAAUUUGGAUAAAGAUUUUGCUGAUAAUUUGAAAAAGUUGGCUGAAGAGAUGCAUGAAGAAGAUAUGAACAUAUUAACAAAAUACCAAACAUCACUUUGGAUAUUGGUAGCUAUUGGCGCGAUCUUAUUUCUCGUUGGUUUCCUUGGUUGUUGUGGAGCGAUGUGUGAAAGUACUGUGCUGCUAACUUUGGUAAAUGAUUACUUGAAUAAAUUUUUGCAUAUUUACUAA